GGAGAGCUGUCCUUUUUUUCAAGCCAGAGAGUGCAUCUGCCUUUGUGCUGAAGAAGGUGGUGUGAACGCUCUCUGACCAGAAGGAAUCAUAACUGGGAUCCCCGGCAGCACGUGCGUCCGACGAGACAGUAGCCGAAACUGCUCCACUGCAGUAAGAAGAAAGUGGGCUGAAGGGGGAGACUUCACCCUGGACUGCUCGGCUUCAGUGCAGGCAAAAGCCUAGAAAGAAAUAAAUCAGCCUUGAAUUCUGGUCCGAAGGUCAACAAGUAAGAGUGACGCUGGAGCAGAUGGCCUGAGUUCCUCAGUGUGGGAUAUCUUGUCCUCAAACAUCAGAUGAGCUCAUCUAAGCCUCCAGAUUACCAUCUCUGCAGUGACACCAGGGGUAAUCGGAACAGCUUCAGACCACGCUGCCUUCAGUUUGGCCUGCAGAGUAGUAACGAAAGUAUUCUCGCGUGCUGGGGCCUGGAGCCGAUGGCAGACAAUGUCAACAACUAACAACAUAGCGCAGGCCCGCAAGCUGGUGGAGCAGCUCCGCAUUGAAGCCGGCAUCGAGAGGAUCAAGGUCUCGAAAGCAUCUUCUGAGCUAAUGAAUUACUGCGAGCAACAUGCCAGGAACGACCCGCUGCUGGUUGGAGUGCCCGCUUCGGAGAAUCCUUUUAAGGACAAAAAGCCUUGUAUCAUCCUAUAGCUUUCCUCGCUCCGGCGCGUGCGAUCUCUCAGGCAGGGCACCGUUCUCCAUCGACUGAAACCAAGCUACAAACUUACAACUGCGCCGAGGGGUAAACACUAAAUGUGGAUUCAAAUAGAACUUAAAUCUCAAAAAAACAAAACAAAACAAAACAAAAUUGCAAGUGGUUUAGGGGCAGGGGGUCUGCUCGCGGGCGGGUGCCACACUGAGAGGGGUCA